CAGCCCUGUGAGACGCCAUUUUGGAGGAAAGUUUGGAAUUUGUAGACCUGUGAAGGUGGAGGAGGAGGAGGAGGAGGAGGAAGAAGAAGGGGGAAAAAAAAAGGAAGAAAAGAGAAAGAGAGGAGGGAUUUACACUCAGAGAAGUUUGACACGAAUGCACAACGCAGGCUGUGCCGGGAAUAAUACACACCAGUGUGCGGACCAGCGCGGGAUAAGUCGGUCUUGGCUUGGCACGGCUUGACUUUAGCCGGGUGUCGCCACCGCUGUCAGCCUGCGAAGGUGCACGCCGGGGCAGGGAGCCUGCCUGACGGGGGACCAACAGCGCGGAGGGUCGGUAACGGACGGCGCUCGCCGGAGCUUCUUGCUGGCUCCUGCUCGCUUUCUGCGAUAGUAGUUUUUCCUCUCUGUUUCUUUCUUCUUUUUUUUUUGCUGGUCCCCCCCCCGGAGGCUCGGUUGUGUUAUUUUGGUUGGACGUGUCAGUUUUCCCCUGACACCGAGUUUGUUUGUCGUUGGGGAACUUGGUGUCGUCGUGGAGGGAUUUUCUUCAGCCCCGACUUGGAGCGGUGACAGCGGGGUUUAACUGGCGGAAUAAUCAAUUAAAAAAAACAAAAAACAAAAAACGUCCUGUGCGGAAGGGGUGUAUGUGGCUAACACGGACCUAGCUCCAGACCGAGCCGAGCCAGACCCGACCAUGCCAGUCAGAAAGAAAGAUGCCGAGCGAGCUCUGCUGCUGCUGGAGGAGUACCGGGCCAAGCUGAACCACACGGAGGACCGGCAGCUCCGACACUCCAUCCAGAGGGUCAUCGACAUCUUCCAGAGCAAUCUCUUCCAGGCUCUCAUAGAUAUCCAGGAAUUUUAUGAAGUGACCUUAUUGGACAGUCAGAGAUGGGCAGAGUCUUCCAAGGGGGCGGACCCCAUGGCGCCCGUCAACCUGUGGGACUUCUCCAGCCUUCAAAGCACAACGGUGACCUCGGACACUCUGCCCAGCCUUAGCACCAGCAUCGAGAAGUACAGGCACCACGAUGAGGACUCACCCCAGGACCAGAGCUCCCCCCAGCUGACAGAGGAGGCGGGGGGGCCGGAGCUGGUCCAGGUAGCAGAGAAGAACCUUUCCCAGAUCGAGAAUGUGCACGGAUACGUCACCCACGCCCACAUCUCACCAAUGAAGGUAGCAUCUCUGGAGUGCAUCUUUGACGGUUCUUCAGAUAUAGGACAGCAUCACCCGGAGCUCCCCUCCCCUACGCCCUCCACCCUCUACCCCCACGGAGAGGACAGCCCCUUCCCCUCCUGCUCCUCCAACCCCUACCCCCCGAUACAGCAGGCCGAGGCCGCCCCGCCUUCCUCUCCCAUAAUCCCUGUGAUCCCAAUCUCGCCAAUCCCAGCCGAGACCUCCAUCAUCCCUCCGACGUCACAGGCCAAUCCUGCCCCUGUGGUGGUCAACACAGACAGCCUGGACACGCCUCCAUACGUGAACGGGACGGAGGCUGAUUAUGAGUACGAGGAGAUCACGCUGGAGAGGGGAAACUCGGGGCUGGGCUUCAGCAUCGCGGGCGGCACAGACAACCCCCACAUCGGUGAGGACCCCAGCAUCUUCAUCACCAAAGUCAUACCUGGAGGAGCCGCCGCCCAGGAUGGACGGCUCAGGGUCAACGAUGUCAUCCUGAGAGUCAACGAGGUGGAUGUUCGAGAUGUGACCCACAGCCGCGCCGUGGAGGCCCUGAAGGAGGCCGGCUCUCUGGUCCGACUCUACGUCCGCCGGAGGAAACCCGUCUCUGAGAAAGUGAUGGAGAUCAAACUGGUGAAAGGACCGAAGGGUCUUGGCUUCAGUAUAGCAGGCGGAGUGGGGAACCAGCACAUCCCGGGCGACAACAGCAUCUACGUCACCAAGAUCAUCGAAGGGGGAGCUGCACAUAAAGACGGGAGGCUGCAGAUCGGAGACAAACUGCUGGCUGUGAAUAGCGCUUGCCUGGAGGAGGUGAGCCACGAACACGCCGUCACUGCCUUGAAAAACACUCCUGACGUGGUCUACUUGAAAGUGGCUAAACCCAACAGUGUCUUCAUGAACGACAGCUUCGCUCCGCCCGACCUCACCAACUCGUACUCCCAGCACAUGGAGAACCAUAUCAGCACCCCCAACUUCCUUGGUCAGCCCCUGCCCCCGCCGGCGUCGUCGGGACGCUACUCGCCGACUCCGAAGAGCGUGCUGGGAGACGAUGAUGUCACCCGGGAGCCCAGGAAGGUGGUGCUGCACAGAGGAGCGACGGGACUGGGCUUCAACAUCGUUGGCGGGGAGGACGGAGAGGGGAUCUUCAUCUCCUUCAUCCUCGCCGGAGGACCAGCUGACCUCUGUGGAGAGCUGAGGAAAGGAGACAGACUCGUGUCUGUGAACGGGGUGGACCUCCGUAACGCCACCCACGAACAGGCCGCCGCCGCCCUGAAGAAUGCGGGGCAGACGGUGACCAUCAUCGCCCACUACAGACCAGAGGAGUACAGUCGGUUUGAGGCAAAGAUCCACGACCUGAGAGAGCAGAUGAUGAACAGCAGCAUCAGCUCUGGAUCUGGAUCUCUGCGGACGAGCCAGAAGAGGUCGCUAUACGUCAGAGCUCUGUUUGACUACGAUAAGACCAGAGACUCCGGUCUGCCCAGUCAGGGACUCAACUUUAAGUUUGGAGACAUCCUUCACGUGGUGAAUGCCUCCGACGACGAGUGGUGGCAGGCCAGACAGCUGACGGCGCAGGGAGAGGUGGAGGAGGUGGGGGUCAUCCCCAGCAAGAGGCGGGUUGAGAAGAAGGAGAGAGCGAGAUUAAAGACGGUGAAGUUCAACUCAAAGUCUCGAGACAGAGGGCAGUCUCUCAAUGACAAGCGUAAAAAGAACCUCUUUUCCCGAAAGUUUCCGUUCUACAAGAGCAAAGAGGCGAGCGAGCAGGAGACCAGCGAUGUCGACCAACACGUGACCUCUAACGCCAGCGAUAGCGAGAGUAGCUACCGUGGACAGGAGGAGUACGUUUUGUCGUAUGAACCCGUCAUUCAGCAGGAAGUGAACUACACCCGUCCCGUCAUCAUUCUCGGCCCCAUGAAGGAUCGGAUCAACGACGACCUGAUCUCCGAGUUCCCCGACAAAUUCGGAUCCUGCGUCCCGCAUACGACCCGGCCGAAGCGGGACUACGAGGUGGACGGCAGAGAUUAUCACUUUGUGGUGUCCAGGGAGCAGAUGGAGAAAGACAUCCAGGACCACAAGUUUAUCGAGGCGGGACAGUACAACAACCACCUGUACGGAACCAGCGUACAGUCGGUCCGGGAGGUGGCUGAGAAGGGUAAACACUGCAUCCUGGACGUGUCGGGGAACGCCAUCAAGAGACUCCAGCUGGCUCAGCUUCACCCCAUCGCCGUCUUCAUCAAACCCAAAUCCGUGGAGAACAUCAUGGAGAUGAACAAGCGUCUGACGGAGGAGCAGGGCAGGAAAACCUUCGACAGAGCCACCAAGCUGGAGCAGGAGUUCACCGAGCAUUUCACAGCCAUCGUGCAGGGCGACACUCUGGAGGAGAUCUACGAUCAGGUGAAGCAGAUCAUCGAGGAGCAGUCGGGACCGUUCAUCUGGGUUCAGUCGAAGGAGAAGUUAUGAAGAUCAGACGCUCCUCUCCUCCUCCUCUUUACACUCAGUUUGCUUUAUUUUGAAAAGAAAAGUCGACCUGCAGACGGUGGCCUCGGCCCCCCUCC